UUUCAUUCCACAACACAACAUAACACCACAUUUCGUGCAUAACCGUUCCGAGAGGUUGGAAAAAUGUUUCACAUCAUCAGGCGCGGCAUUUCAACAUCAGCAUCACUUGCAGGGAAAAGGAAUUUUCGUAAAUUUCUGCUCUACAACAAGCGAGGUACGCGCAUUUUCAAACAACAGCGUGCCGAAAACCCGGACCUCUAUCCUGAUAUGCCCAUCGACAAAAGGGGAGUACGUGAUGUUGGUGUAACUAUUGAUGGAAAGUUCAUCGCGAUUCCGGAAAAAAUCCCGGAGCUGAUAGUGCCUAAUCUAGAUGGAUGUAAAUUCAAGCCCUAUGUAUCAUACAAGGCUCCGGAUGUGGUGCAAUCGGAGUUCACGAGCCAGGAUUUAUUCAAUGCCAUUUAUGCGCAAAAAAUCAUUGAUGAUUGGAAGAGUGGGAAGCUAAACGAGGAUGGUAGCCCAAUCGAACCAUCAAAGGAAGAAUCUUUGUCGCCGGAUGAAGCAUGGAAACAAGCAAGAAAAACCGGCUCCGAUAUAUUUUAGGGCGAAACUGGUUGAGAUGCAAUUUAUAAAUAAAUUAACGAUGUAGUA